CGUGAGAUCUAGGGCUUCAAAGACUUGAAACUGCUACGGAGUAUAUAUAUACACUCUCUCUCCUCCGGCCGACUCUUUUGGCCCAGUCUUCAUCUUCGCUUUACAUCCAGAGAGAGAGAGAGAGAGAGAGUGAGUGCUGAAACCAGUGGGAAGAUGGUUCAGAGACUCACCUAUCGUAAACGGCACAGCUAUGCCACCAAAUCAAACCAGAACAGGAUCGUCAAAACCCCUGGAGGGAAGUUGGUGUAUCAGAGCACCAAGAAGAGAGCUAGUGGACCCAAAUGUCCUGUGACUGGAAAGAGAAUCCAAGGGAUUCCUCACUUGAGACCUGCUGAAUACAAGAGAUCUAGAUUGUCCAGGAACCGUAGGACGGUAAACCGUGCCUAUGGUGGUGUAUUGUCUGCAGGUGCUGUCCGGGAGAGGAUCAUCCGAGCCUUCUUGGUCGAAGAGCAAAAGAUAGUGAAAAAGGUUCUGAAGAUCCAAAAGGCAAAGGAGAAGCAAACCUCGAAGAGCUGAAAUUGUGGAGUGAUAGAGCAAAAGCUCUCUUAGCUUCCAUAUAAUGGUUGAAAGUAUAUUUUGAGUUUGAUGAUGACGAUGAUGAAAAAUGUGGAAAAUAUAGCCUCGUGGUUCCUUAUUAUCUGAAAGGAUGUCCUUUAUUCCAGUUUGCCCUAGACUGAUUGCUUGGGUACUUCUUGUUCAUUUGUCGACAAAUCGAUCUUGUUUCCUGUAGUUGUUUUUAUGCUGUCGGAAUAUUUGACAUUUGAUUUCUCAGCUCAUUGUUUGUUAAUGGUUUAUUGUCAUUAUUCCCAGUGUUA